GGUGAUCAAUCUUUCAGGCGUAUUUAACAAAUAAAACAUUUACAAUUUUUUACCAAGUUUUACCGUAACGCGAAUCAAUUUCAAACGAAUUCAUAAUGGAUUAGAUUCUAAGAAACGAAUUAAUCGUGCCCGUUCCAAAAUAACAUAACGGUGCGCGUGAGAUAGUGGUGUGAUUUUUGACCUUGUGGACCCACAAGGGAAUUCCUAAAUAUAAUAAAAAGAUUUGAAUAUUUUCGAAUUGAGUUUUGGAGAAGAUAUGUCAAGUCGACAGUAUUUAGAAGGUUAUUAUAUCCAAUCUCCUGAGAUAUCCUCAUCCACUGACGUUGCAAGAAGUCCCAAUUUUAUAUUUCCCAUCACAACGCAGUUCCCAACAGGUCGAAGAUCUUACCGAUCCACAAUUUACUUACAAUCAACCAUUCCGAGACUAAGAAUCGAAAAUGAUGAACCUCCUAGAAAUCUUGUUCCUUGUAUAAUAUCUUCUUCCUUUGUUAUUAGUGGUCAAUCCAAUAUAAGGACAAGAACAGCUUUAAUUUCUGUUGGGGUUAUAUUUUUAACUUCCCUAUUUACAUUGUUCUUAGUGUAUAAUAGUUUUCCAAAAUUACAACCCGAUGAACGGCAGCAUAUAAAAAUCCCAUGGAAUAUUAAUGAGGCAAAACAUUUAGGAAUAAUUUUAGAUAGAUACAAACAAGAUCAUUUUUAUUCAGUAUUAGCCGGAGUAUUUUUUACUUAUAUAUUUUUACAAACUUUUGCAAUUCCAGGUUCAUUAUUCUUAUCGAUACUUUCUGGAUUUUUGUUUAAUUUUUAUAUCGCGUUAACGUUAGUUUGUACUUGUUCGGCUUUAGGAGCAACUUUGUGCUUCUUUCUAUCCCAAUUGUUGGGGAAACGUUUGAUAUGGAUUUAUUUUCCAAAAAAAGCUAAAGAAUGGGCUGCAAUGGUCGAAAAACACCAAGAUAAUUUGUUUAAUUAUAUGGUGUUCUUAAGAGUAACUCCAUUUCUACCAAAUUGGUUCAUUAACUUAACUGCCCCUGUUAUUGGUGUUCCUCUGAUACCCUUCGCGUUGGGAACGUUCGUUGGAGUCGCCCCACCUUCGUUUGUGGCAAUUCAAGCAGGACAAACUCUCCAUAGGAUGUCGGCAAGUGAUAGCGCGUUUUCUUGGACAUCUAUUUUUUGGUUGGGCGUUUUCGCUGUAUUCUCACUCAUUCCUAUAUUUUUUAAACGACAACUGAAAGAGAAAUUCCAAUAAAACAUAACAAAUCAA